UCGAAACCCAGCGGACCGCAAGGAGGGAGUCUCUGCAUAUUCGUGCUUUUCUUCCAGCGCCGGUCUGACGGUGAAGAUCGCUGAAAUGUCUCCCUUCCUCCGCAUCGGUUUCUCCAGUUUUGACAUCGGACCCCCACAGCCGGCAGAAGACAUCCAGAACCCUUACUGUGCAGUGAUUGUGAAAGAAACAGUGGACACGGAGAAGGGUCAGAUCUUCAUGCAGAAGAAGCCCACCAUGUACCCCCCCUGGAACAGCACCUUCGAUGCCCACAUCAACAAGGGCCGCGUCAUGCACAUUGUCAUCAAGGACAAAACAGUGGAGCUGAUCUCUGAGACCACAGUGGAACUGAAUUCCCUGGCCGAGAAAUGUAAACGCAACCAAGGAAAAGCUGACAUCUGGUUGGAUUUGAAGCCACGGGGCCGAAUGCUAAUGAGCGUGAAGUACUUCCUAGAGCAAAGUGAAAACAAGGAGAAUGGGGAAGGUGAAACUGAAGGCUUGUUCGCCCUGCGCCAACGAAGGGGAGCCAUCAAACAGGCCAAAGUUCACAACGUCAAGUGUCACGAGUUCAUCGCCACCUUCUUCCCGCAGCCCACCUUCUGCUCCGUCUGCCAUGAGUUUGUUUGGGGGCUGAAUAAACAAGGAUACCAGUGCAGACAGUGCAAUGCUGCGAUUCACAAAAAGUGCAUUGAUAAGAUCAUCGCCAAGUGCACAGGGUCUGCUGUGAACAGUAGGGAGACAAUUUUUCACAAGGAGAGGUUUAAAAUUGACAUGCCACACAGGUUUAAAGUCUACAACUACAAGAGCCCCACCUUCUGUGAGCACUGUGGAACACUACUCUGGGGCCUUGCAAGGCAAGGGUUAAAGUGCGAAGAAUGUGGAAUGAACGUCCACCACAAGUGUCAGAACAAAGUGGCCAACCUGUGCGGGGUGAAUCAGAAGAUGAUGGCUGAGGCCUUGGCCCAGAUAGAGAGUGAACAACAGGCCCGUACUCUGCGUGACAAUGAGUACGUAAGUCGAGAAGGACCUGUUAGCGUUUUCAAAAAACCAGCUGACACUCAGCAGGCUGUAGCUUCUGUGAAAGAGGUGCAAGGUAUCAGCUGGGAAACACCAACAGAAGAGGGAGAGAGCUGUCCCCCGGACUCUCCCAUCUAUGAAGAACCACCCGGGGUCGACCAGCGAAAGUUUAUCAUCGAUGACUUCACUCUGCACAAAAUGUUGGGGAAAGGCAGCUUUGGCAAGGUCUUUCUUGCGGAGCUAAAGGGCAAGAACCAGUUCUUUGCCAUCAAGGCGCUAAAGAAGGACGUGGUGCUGAUGGACGAUGACGUGGAAUGCACCAUGGUCGAGAAAAGGGUUCUGUCCCUUGCUUGGGAACACCCGUUUCUCACACAUCUCUACUGCACAUUCCAAACGAAGGAGAACCUGUUCUUUGUAAUGGAGUAUCUGAAUGGUGGGGACCUGAUGUUUCACAUCCAAAGCUGCCAGAGGUUUGAAGUGCCAAGAGCAACGUUUUAUGCGGCUGAAAUCAUUUGUGGUCUCCAGUUUCUUCAUUCCAGGGGUAUCAUAUACAGGGACCUGAAGUUGGACAACGUUCUGCUGGACGGCGACGGCCACAUUAAAAUCGCAGAUUUUGGCAUGUGUAAAGAGAAUAUUCUCAACGAUGCACGGACCAGCACGUUCUGUGGAACACCUGACUAUAUAGCACCCGAGAUCCUGCUUGGACAGAAGUAUAGCAUGUCAGUGGAUUGGUGGUCUUUUGGGGUUCUUCUCUAUGAGAUGCUGAUUGGCCAGUCACCAUUCCACGGUGGGGAUGAAGAUGAACUUUUCCAAUCCAUCCGCACAGAUGAUCCCAUCUACCCGCGCUGGCUGGGCAAGGAAGCCAAGGACAUCCUAGUCAGACUCUUUGUCAGGGAGCCCGAGAGAAGGUUGGGAAUAAAGGGGAAUAUUCGUCAACAUUCCUUUUUCCGGGAUAUUAACUGGCAGGCGCUGGAAAACAGAGAAGUGGACCCACCAUUCAAACCUACUGUGAAAUCAACAAGUGACUGCAGCAACUUUGACAAGGAAUUCUUGAAUGAGAAGCCAAGACUGUCGUGUGCAGACAGGACCCUCAUCAACAGUAUGGAUCAAAACAUGUUCAACAAUUUCUCCUUCACCAACCCCAAGAUGGAGAGAAUGCUUUGAUGAAGAUUAAAUGAUGUCAUAGAAUAUCUUACUUCUGUAACACUGAAGAGUUUGAAGUUCUCUGUUUGCACUUGAAGACAGCAUGCUCUUGGAAUCAGUUGUUGCGAGGUUCUGUGUUGAACAUGUGGCAUGAAUUAGUGGUAUCACAUUUGUUAAAUAUACCCAAGUGUACCUGGACAUGUGCAUUGGAAGCCAUUUUGUGAGCACAUCAUCCUUAGUAUCUGAGAAGAGAACCUAACUGUUUCUUAGACUAAACCUACAAGAUACUUGUAUCUAAUUAUGGUGUCUAUAAUCUUCAAGCACAGUUGUUGAAGGACUGGGCUAUCACUGCAUGUAGAAAUGUUUAGUUUUUGAUUUUGUGUUUAAAAGUAUUCAUGUGGACACACCAUGAGGCAAGACUGCUGUUUCUUGGAAGGUGUUUCCUCAUUUUCGAGCUGUGGGCAUGCGGCAAUGUUUCCUCCCAAGUGAUAUGCUGAACUUAUGCCAAAGUCUUCAACAUAGUUCACAAGGUUGUGUCUGAGCUGGCAGACCGACAACGCGAGCCGUGCACAGGCCUCGGUGAACUGGAGCGGGAGUUCCUAAUUGGUGCGGGUGGACCCACUGCAUACCACAGUGACUGCCCUUGCUGAGUCAGCAAAAUGAAAAUCUUGGCAACAUUUCCCACCCUGACCUCAACACACCAGAUCUGUUUCUAGUAACUCAACCUCCAUCCCCACUGGUAUCCUGUUCAACCAAUGUUAGUGUCAGGAUCUGUCCUUCAGCUGGCUUUGUUUGUGUGUAUGAGAUGCAGGGGUACAGUAUGUGUUUAUGUGGUAUAGAGAUCUGUGUGUGCAUGUGUGUGGUGCAUGCGUGUGGGAACUUAUGCAUGUAUGUGUGCUUGUAUGUGAUGCAGAUAUGUGUAUAUGUGACUAGUAUGUGUUUACAUGGUGUAGAAGUGUAUGUGUGUAUGUGACUGUGAGGGAGAGUGUGUUGAUGUGUGAGAUGUGUGUGUGAUUGUAUG